UAAGCUUCAAAGCCAUGGGAUAGGAUCUGUCUCUUGAUAUAAAACGGGAACGACCACGCUUCUAAAAGAAAAGCAACAAGCGUUUUUUCACUAUGCAUCGUUGCCUUACCCAGCUGAUCGGAUUCUUGACAGUGUUUCAAGCCGAUUCAUUUGUUACUCAGAGCCAACCGAUCGGGUUGAUGACAACCGCCUUUCGACCCGAUCAUCCUCUGACCGUAACUGUCCGUUUAUUUGGGGGGAAAACCGAAGAAGAGAAGGAAAGUGGAGAGAAGACACAUUCCUCCAAAGGAAUUCUCGACUUUAUUUUUAAUCCAUACGAAACCAAGAUUCCCAAAGAACUCGAGAAAGAAAUCUAUCAGGCGGAAGGAAAUACAGUCGCCGCUCAGGAUCGCACAAAGCGAGUUGGGCUGUACGCUGUCGUGGCUUUUUCGGGUAUACUUCUCGCGUUCUUCAACGGAUUCAUUACGGAGCUCCGCAAUGGACCUACGCCAGACGGGAUUCCCUUCGCAUUAGACGAUGCAGGUUUUGCAUGGGUCGAAUCGAAUCUCUUGACACGAUUUUUAUUCAUGAACAAGGUUGGAGGAGGCGUUUGCCUUGUAGGCGGUGCUGCCUUUGGGUUGCUAGCUGAAGCGGAAUUCGAUACGCGCCGAACAAAUGCCGAGAAAAUUUGGGAAGAAAUGCAAAGGCGCCGCGAAGGAAAAACGAAGAAGGUAGCGCCAAGAAAGAAGAAGCGCAGAUCUGGAAAAGAGUCAAAGCGUCUGGGAGCAAUUGCAGAAGUUGCCUUUCAGGAAAGAGAGGGAUCCGCAGCUGUCGAAGUCUCAGCAGUACCAAAAGCAAAAAAAAGUACAGAUGGUGAUAUCGAUGAGCAGCAGCCUAGGGGAAACACAGAAGUGAGUGGAGUCGCGUCUGAAGAAGAUAUUGGAGUAUUUGGAGCUCUCAAAGGAUUUUACGAAAAAGCGGAUAAGAUGGCUGCGUCCCAAGCCCUGCUGCUGAAUAAGCAAUUAGAAGAGAAAGGUCUGCUAGAGAAAAUUACGGACGAAAGUGGAUUGAAAGUUAUCGGAAAAGACGAGGCAGCAAAGUUGAAGUCUGCCAAAACUGAAGGAGAUGCAUCAAACAAGAAAGACGGGAAAUCCUAAGAUAUCGCCUGUUUUCUAAUGUACCCUUUCAUGUGGCCCUUUUGCGCUUGGUGUGCUUCCUCUCGGCUCAUUUGAAAAAGGGACUUUUAAGCGUGCCAUUGUUUGCGAAACAAUGAGUUCAGGACUGUUGAGCAAAAAGAGUUGUUCGCCCGCAUUCGCACAAAGUAUCAACGUAUCCGUUCUGGAUGAUAAUAUUGUUAAAAUUCUUGGCUUUCCGUGGC